AUGUCAAUACUAGUACCACAUGCUAAUAUUAUGGUGGACCAGAACGAGUCAAACAUCAGUAAUACCACUAUUGGAUCUGAUUAUAUGGGACCUUGUCUUGGAUUUUUACUCGACUUUAAAUAUUUUGGUUUUCAACAAUGUAUUCUUUCUCAUUAUACAUUUCCAAUAUCUGAAAAAGAUUUAACUGAAGUACAACUAUUAGUCAAAAUUCUCGAAUAUAUUCUUGCUGAAAUACAACAUGUUCUUCACGCUCCUUCAUUUAAAUUUAAUGGUACACCAGUAUUAUCACAAGUUUUUUUAUUAGUUGCUGGAGGUGAUCCAGAAGAAGCAAAAAAUAUUCAUAAGUCUUUAUGUCUUUUGAAUGUUAAUGAAAAUAAUUUUGACAUGAAAUCAGCAACAAGUGACGAAGAUGUUUGUUGGUUAUAUCAUGAGUUGUUCAACAAAGUUAUCAUCUUGAAAUCCGUAGUUAAACAACUAAAUAACAGAGCGGAAGGUGCAGCAUCACGAAACCAGCGUGGUGGAGAUUUUGCUUGUUUGUAUCUUAGAUACUGUUGUCAAUCAAAAAAUGUUACUAUUGGUCUCACUUGGGUUUUAAAGGCAAAUCAUGAUAUAGCAUUUUUUCAAUUUAAUUUAUAUGCAAAAGAUUUAUUAAAUUUUCGAUGGGAACUUGAAAACGAAAAAAUAAAAAACUUGCAAAUUUCCUUUAAAAAUAAUAAACGAUUAAAAACUCAAGUAGCAGAUUCUUUAUCUCUUAUUCCAAUGUAUCCAUAUAUCACAAUUCCAUGCUAUAUUAAAAUUGGUAUCAAUGGAUUUGGUCCUAUUGCUCGACUUGUAUUCCGAUGUGCAUUUGAACAAGGAGUUCAGGUAGUCGCUGUCAAUGAUCCACUUAUUUCUGCUGAUGAUAUGAUUUAUAUGCUUCAACAUGAUUCAACACGCGGACGUUUCAAUGGUGAAGUUUUACAAAAAGAUGGAAAACUUGUUGUUAAUGAACAAGAAAUGAAUAUUUUUAAUGAAAAAGAACCAUCAAAAAUUCCAUGGGAUAAACUCGGCGUUGAAUAUGUUGUUGAAUCAACCGGUGUAUUUACAACAAUUGAUAAUUGUCAAUCACAUUUACAAGCUGGUGCUAAAAAAGUUAUAAUUGCAGCAUCAUCAACUGAUGCUCCAGUGUUUGUUACGGGUGUCAAUGAGAAGAAAUAUACAGGAAAAGAAACGAUUAUUUCAAAUUCAUCAUGUACAACAAAUUGUUUAGCACCACUUGUUAAAGUUAUUCAUGAAAAAUUUGGUAUUAUUGAAGCUUCAAUGACAACUAUACAUUCGUAUACUUCUAUACAAAACAUUAUUGAUGGAUCAUCAAACAAUAGUUGGCAAGAUGGAUAUGAAGCUCCACAAAAUAUUAUUCCAUCAUCAACUGACGCUGCUAAAGAUAUUGGAAAAAUAUUUCCUGAUUUAAAUGGAAAAUUAACUGGUAUGGCUUUUCGUGUUCCAACGGCAAAUGUUUCAGUUGUUGAUCUUACUGCUCGAUUAAACAAAGGCGCUAAAUAUGAUGAAAUUUGUGCUGCAAUUAAAGAAGCUGCUGAUGGUCCAUUAAAAGGUAUUUUGGCUUAUACUGAUGGUGAAGUUGUUUCAACAGAUUUUAUUGGUGAUAUACAUUCAUCAAUUUUUGAUGCUAAAGCUGGUAUUUCACUCAAUGAUAAUUUUGUCAAACUUGUUUCAUGGUAUGACAAUGAAUAUGGUUAUUCAAAUCGCGUUGUUGAUCUUAUCAAAUAUAUUGCGAAAAAAGACUAUCGAGACAAAUUUGAACCAUCUCUCAAAUGA